AAAGAGGAAUCAGUGAUCGAUAUGGCAUGCCCGCUUUUCAGACAACACGGUAAUUGUGUGGCUUCCGACCACAGUACAGUGCUCACGGAAUGAAACGCGUCAAUUUAGGGCUAAGUAAUGCGCAUACUUUCGCUUCAACCGGCUACAGUUCGUGUCACAUCGACGCAAUUCCGGCGCGUACAAUUACAUCAGAGUCCUCAUCACCUUUGGUGACCAAAUUCCUAGCGACAUGACAUGGUGCUCUCGCGUACUUUGCACACAUGUAGGGUUCUACUAAAUGCUCCGUGUCCCAUUUCAUUCCGUGAGUACUGUACAUGGCGCACCAGGCCGACUGACUUAUGCGUGAGUGGUUUGGGAUACGAUGUGACUAGCAUCUCUCAUUUUCGUGCUGCAAAAAGCGUACUCUCGUCUGUACAGCGUACGCAAGAAACCUGCGCUGCUUGUGGCGCGUGUUUUGAACUGGUCGGAUUAAAGAGUAUGUAAAGAACAAUAAUUUUAUUAACAAUGUACUGAAGUACUUGUGGCCUGUGCAGGACAGACAAGGUACGAAUGGGAAACACAAUAGGGACCGCUAGUUGCACGUUCGAGAAAUUCUUGCACCAUAGCGAAUUUAUGCGGCUGGCGGCUAUCCAAUAAAGCAAAAAAAAAAAAUUAAAAGUAAAAUAAAAACCAAGGUAGCAAAUAUUUUGCAUCAGUACAGCUACAGAUGGCUGACUGCACCCGUAUAUAGAAUUAAACAAUAUGUAAGGUAUAUAUUUGCAAGGUACUCAUCUCUCCAAAUCUAAGAAGCAAACCAAGGGUGUACGAUUGCAAAUACUAAUUGUGUACUUAUUCAAGGCACUGUAUAACGUAGCUAGUCUCUUAUUCGACACAAGCCCUUCGACUGAUUUUUUGUCACUGCCUCGCAGAUGCGAAACGAUGCAUUUAACUCACUCAAGGCGCGACUCGACUCCUGGUUGGUUCUGGAGACCAACCACACGGCGACGCAGAAGGCGGUCAGCCUGUUUCGAGCCUGCACGCGAUUCCCCAAAGAGGCACUCGCCCUGGAGUUGCCCAGAAUAAGGCACUUCCUCGAGUCCAUUGGAAUGAAUCUCACUGGCCGGCAGGAGCAGGGUGCUAAGGAUACGAUGGACAACCCGGUCUUGCCCAUGCUUCGCCUAUCCCUUCAGUACGCGCUCCACACUUUCGUGGCCUUCCGCGUCGAUGGUCUGAACGUCGUCAACGGCAAGAAGGUUAUGCGGGUUGUCGUCAGCAGGACCGACCACGAUUGGCUGAAAGAGAGGGCGACGCUCAGCGAACAAGAGAAAAAGGACUUCUACGCCGGCGUCCUGCUAGUCUACGAAGCCAAACCAUUGCGACCUGAGAUCGUGAUGCUCAUCCCAGACAUCGCAAACUUUGAAUCUGAAGGUACCAAUUGA